CACCAUCCGACCUUUGAACUCAGCCCCAUCACAAGGUUCGAAGCGCCACCCAUCGAAGAUGCUGUGCUCGUCCUGUUUACGAGCCAGAUUUGGCAUUCCUGCCAUCCGACCCUCAGCCCAUCCGAAGAACCUGCCUCGAUUACCACCACGGCGGCCUCUCUCGGGGACCGCAAGACUGUCGCCCUCGUGCAUACAACCUCGCGGCUCGGGAUCGAGGGAUUCCUUCCUCAAUGCCCAUGCGAUACCCGCCUUGGCACCCCGCUUCGGGUCCAGGCCAUAUUCUUCCUCCCCCUCCGAAUCUCUAGCCACCGAAUCCACGACAACACAGCCGGCCUCCGGUGGUCUCGAGAAGCCAGACUUCCUAGAUGAUGCCGAGUCCGUCAUUUGGGACCGCCUGGUGGCUGAGUUUGCGCCUACCGAACUCCUCGUCCAGGACAUAUCGGGAGGCUGCGGUUCCAUGUACGGAAUCGAGAUAUCCUCGGAAAGGUUCCGCGGGGCGAACAUGUUGAAGCAGCAGAGGAUGGUGAACUCGGUCCUGGCAGACUUGAUGAAGGGCUGGCACGGUGUACAACUGAAGACGAGGGUGCCGUAGCGGGCCGAGAAGAAAGGAAUAGACAAACAUGGGGUGGGCGGGCGUUCCAGCUGGAUUGAGCCUCGUCUCUCCUCUUCUACGUCCCACCUCCGACCUCCCACCUCCCACCUCAACCAAGGAAAUGAAGACGUGCUGCCGAGCGAUACUUACAAUAUCCCCGAAUAUAAGGGCAUCUUUAUGUUUCUCCUUUACUUCUUUUCACAUUCGCCUUUCUGUAUUUUCCCUUGCAUGGCCGGCAUUCUCCUUCUCCAGAGCGCACGCGGGUGACGGUCUCUCUGGCAAGCCUCCUGUCCGGGUGGCUUUGACGCAUCGUUCCUGCCAUGAAACCAUAGAGAUGGGGCAUUUGCAGGAGUACGGAAGGAAGGUACCUAUAGAUAGCCCUUAUAGCCCUUGGUGGCGCGAAGUCCCGAAAGUCUUGAAUUGUCUACUCACCUCCCACCA